CUCCUCAAAUCAGGUUGGGGAAAUUCUUGAAAGACGGGCAGCAGGGUAAAAUGUCUCUGCUUUAAGGCUGAGCAGCCAAUCAGGAGGCUCCCUGACUGGAACAAAGUCCUGUUUUGUGAGUCAUUUAACUCGCUUUCUUCCCUCCCCUCUCUGAAAGGUUUAACUCUCCACCCAAUGCAGGGCUUUACCUGUCCAGGUGAACAACAGUGUUGAAAGUGAACGUCGCUAAAGAUGUUAUAUCUUCACUGUUGAUGAUCCCACUGGAUCCAGCAUGACAUCCUAGGUCUAGUCUUUCAAAUGAGCACGUGGGAGGAGCACCUAGCCUGACGUUUCCUCAGCAAUGGCUGAAGCUUCUCCUACACCGCUCUCACCUUCACAAAACGAAGACUCUUCCUCGCCCCCUGACCUCUGCGCAUCAUGUGGCCACCCUCACAAACUGGAGGAAAACCACGAGUACAUGUACCAGGAUGAGGUCGAUGAUGACCUCGUGUGCCACAUCUGUCUGCAGCCGCUCAUAAAGCCCCUGGACACACCCUGCGGUCACACCUACUGCCAGGAGUGUCUGACCAGCUUCCUCCUGGAGAGCGACUUCUGCCCUGUGUGCCGCACGCCCCUCAUGCUGCAGAGCUGCAGGAGGCCCAGCCUGCUGGUGCACAAGCUGCUCGACAAGCUGAUCGUAGCCUGUCCUUUCGUUGAGCAUUGCACAGAAACACUGCUUCGUGGUGAGGUGGAGGACCACAUCAAGAGCAGGUGUAAAGGAGCCUCCCACUAUGGGCUCUCAGCAGACAGGAAGCGACGCUCACAGGAGGGCGAGUGCACUGACAGCACAUCAGAGCUUAAUAUCGCCACCAUGCCUAAUGACAGCCCCACCUCCGCUGCUGUGGCUCUCCUGUCAGACGAGCCUGGCCUGGUCAACCCAGCUUUUGACCCCAGCAUGGAGGACAACAGUCGGUCAGGCAGUAUGACCAGCUUGGCCGCUCGCAGCAGCACCAAGAAGAUCAGAAAUUUCGACCGGUCUUCUGUGAGGAGCCGCUCCUUCAGGAGACUGAAUCGAGCCUUCAGUGUUCUACGGAGGACCAAGAGUGGCACCGCAGUCAGCAAUGAGACAUCUGAGGAGAGGGAUAAUGCCAGAAACUCCAGUGUGCCACGGGAAAUGCUUGCACUCCCUCAGCUGCAUCACCUGAUCCCUGAUGGUGAAGUUACCAGUAUUAAAAUCACACGACAGGAUCCUUCAGAUCCACUGGCCAUCAGUGUUGUGGGUGGCAAUGAGACCCCUCUGGUCCGCAUCCUCAUCCAAGAUAUCUACAGAGAGGGCAUCAUAGCUCGGGAUGGCCGCUUGUUGCCUGGGGACAUGAUUCUAAAGGUGAAUGGCAUUGAUAUCAGCAACGUGCCCCACUCCUCUGCAGUGGCAACUCUGAGGCAGCCCUGCCAACUGCUGCGGCUAACCGUGCUGCGAGAGCAACGCUACCGCUACCGCUCACACGCCCAUGGCUUCCCAUACAGCCACGGGCACGAUGCCGCCGGGGGCCACCAGUCCCACGGCCUUUCCCAACCCCUGAGAGACGACAGUGUCCACGUGGUCCUGAAUAAAAGCACUCCAGACGAGCAGCUGGGCAUCAAGCUUGUGCGGAGGGCGGAGGAGCACGGGGUCUAUAUUUUUCACUUGCUGGAGGGGGGCCUGGCGGCACGCGAUGGACAGUUGUGUAUCGGUGAUCGCGUGCUGGCCAUCAACGGGCAUGACCUUCGUUAUGGGGCACCAGAGCACGCUGCUUUGCUCAUUCAGGCAAGUGAGCAGCGCGUUCACUUCGUAGUGUCUCGUCAGAUUUGCCUGCCCAACCCAGACGUCUUACAAGAAGCUCCGUGGGGCAUGGAAGGUCCACCGCCAUAUUCUCCUGUGGACAUGGAGCAGACUCUGCUGGACUCAUGUCAGAAGCCUGCGUGCUAUGAGAAGACAGUCACGCUCACCAAAGAGCCGUAUGACUCCCUGGGCAUGACGGUUGCGGGGGGUAUGUCCAGCCGAGGGUGGGACCUUCCCAUCUAUGUCACGAACGUGGACCCUGACGGAGUGGUGGGUCAAGAGGGCUCCAUURGCAAAGGUGACGUUUUGCUGAACGUAAACGGGGUGGAUUUGACGGGGGUGACUCGGGGUGAGGCCGUGGCCAACUUGAAGAACACCUCAUCUCCUGUUGUGCUCAAGGUCCUGGAGAUGCGACCUCCUGAUGAGAAAUCUCCGGAGUGCUCAUUGCCGCCCUGUCUCACCUCAUCCCCCACAGACAGCACUAAGAGCCCACUGCCUAAUGAUGACUACUCCCCACAGUGGGUGUCAUGGCUGCAGCUACCCAGACAUUUGUACUACCGCAAAGACAUUGUGUUGCGACGAAACACUUCAGGAAGCCUGGGCUUCAGUAUUGUUGGGGGCCAGGAGGAAGUCAACUGCAAUCAAUCCUUUUUUAUUCGUUCCAUCGUGGAGGGGACACCAGCCUACAAUGAUGGCAGGAUAAGAUGUGGGGACAUCCUGCUUGAAGUGAACGGGAAGAGCACAUGGGGUAUGACACACACGGCUUUGGUUCGACUCCUGAAGGAGCUUCGGGGAAAGAUCACCCUGACCAUCGUCUCUUGGCCAGGCAGCCUGCUGUAGUGCCACUGAGCAGACAUUAGACUGACCGACCACCCUAAAGCUUGUUGUCUGGAUGCCUUGUUUCAGAUGGCCUGUGGGGACAGUGGCAGCAGUUUGCAGGGGUAAAGAUCAGAGACUGGGUUGUUACCAGGAGAUCAACUAAGCCCUCUGUGAAGUCUGAACUGGACGGAUCCAGGCCGGAGCCACUUCUAACUCUAACUUUGGGUGUUAUCUGUUUAUUGGACAGUGUCAGUGUGGAACAGCAUCCAGUAAGUGGGGUGGGAGGAAUGAAKGGAGACACAACUUGUUGCCAAUUUCAGUGGAUAUAUAUUAGGAUAUGCGUUAAGCCGGACUCACAUUUCUUUAUUGUUGGGUGUCUCAAAAAAAAGUACAAAUCCAAGCACCUGUAAUAUGUUUCAUUUUUUUGUUGUUGUAUGGCCUUUUAAUGUAGGCUUUUUUCUGUUUGUACUGACGGUGGUUGUCAUCUUCAUCCAUUGAGCUGAAGACACGUUGCCAAGUAAUCGUCUGUAAAGUUUCUUUUUGUUGUCUCAGAAGCAAUGCUAACUUAUUAAAACCACUGGCAAGCAAAAAACAAAUAAAAAAAGAUUGGUGUGUUCAUGACAUGUUAAAAAGUAACAUUUAAUUAGAAGACAUUGUGGAGGCCUUACUAAUUUUCUUACUUUUAAGAAAACAGCUGAUAUUUGUAUGUUUCAGGAGAUGGCCUGGGGCCCAUCUGCUGUGGUUCUGUCUCUCACGCUUCAGCCUGUGUAGUCUAUCUGAUGGUACAUUUGGUUAAAAGAUCAAUAAAGUUGUUUGAAAAAAAUGA